AUGCCUAAUUCUAAGUUUUAUUCAGGCAACAACGGCACGCCAGUUCGAAUAAAGGACAAAAUAAAGGGCAGCAUUAGAGCCCUAGUGGCCAAAGGGUGGGAGGACCAUGCCUUCAACGAGUUCGUCAGUGACGUCAUACCUGUGAACCGGUCGCUGCCUGACGUGAGAGAUCACAGGUGUAAAGAAAUAAUCUAUCCCAAAGAUCUGCCUUCAGCCUCAGUGAUCGUUUGUUUCCACAACGAAGCCUGGUCUACGCUUUUGAGGACCAUACACUCAGUGCUCGACAGAUCACCCGAUGAACUACUCAAUGAAAUUAUUUUGAUUGACGACUUUUCUACCAUGAGUAAGCCUUUAUCGCAUCUAAAAGCACGUCUGCAAUCGUACGUGCAGAAGUUCCCUAAGGUGAAAUUGAUACGGACGGAGCACCGCGAGGGAUUGAUCAGAGCUCGGAUGAUAGGAGUGAAACAUGCUGUCAGUGAGGUUGUGGUGUUUCUGGAUAGCCAUUGUGAGUGUGCUGUAGGAUGGCUAGAACCUUUACUAGACCGCGUUCAUACGGACCCCGAAAUCGUCGUCAGUCCCCUAGUCGAUGUUAUCCUCGACACCACCUUCGAGUACAUAGCACAAGACAUUUUCGACCUCAGAGUCGGAGGCUUCACUUGGGACCUCAAAUUUAUCUGGAUCGGUAUACCAGAUUCCAUAGAAGAAAAGAGAACAGGAAUGGUGUCUGCUGUUAAAACGCCAACGAUAUCGGGGGGAUUGUUCGCAAUAAAUAAGAAGUAUUUUGAGAAGAUUGGGUAUUAUGAUGAAGGAAUGGAGAUCUGGGGAGGAGACAAUUUAGAGCUGUCGUUCAAAGUGUGGAUGUGCGGUGGGAGUAUGGAGAUGGUGCCGUGCUCACACGUCGGACAUGUUUUUAGAAAGAGGUUCCCUUACGAAGGAAGAGGCAAUAUCAAGAGGAAUUUAGUGAGAGUCGCAGAGGUUUGGAACAUUGAGAUCUGUAAAAAUUUAGUGUGGAUGGACGACUAUGCCAAAUAUUACUACGAGAGAAUCAACUUCAAGAAGGGAGAUUUCGGCGACUUGACAGAAAGGAAGGAAUUAAGAAAACAACUGAACUGCAAGUCUUUUGAUUGGUAUUUGAAAAACGUUUAUCCUGAAAUUGAAGUUCCUGAUGACUUAGUGGCUAGUGGGAAAGUAAGUUUGAAAUUUACUCAAUGA